AUGGCUGAAGAACGAGGCUUGGUCGAGUUUCUCACCACCGGCCGGGCUCGUAUGAGGGAGCCGAUGGCCGGGCAGCCGAUCAGCAACCAGAACCAGCUGCUCCGCUUUAUACGCUGCUUCACCGGCCCGUGGACUCCCUGGAUGCCCAUCGGCGUUUUCCUGAUCCACCACGCCGACGGGCCCAUUCUGGUCGACACCGGCGCCUCUUCCGAGUGCAUGAAGCCCGGCUACGUCCCGUCGUACAUGUUCGUCGCCAGCAUCUUGACCCAGCUCGAGGUCGAGCCCAAGGACGACAUUGUGGAGCAGUUGAGGACCCGGGGGAUCAGCCCGCGAGACCUGCAGGCUAUUGUUGUCACGCACCUGCACACGGAUCAUGCCGGCGGCCUGGAGGAUAUUGUCAAGCUGGCGCCCGAUGUCCCCGUCUACAUGAGCGCUGACCACUGGGAGGCAUAUGGCAAGCAUCCUACCUGGGCUGACAUGCAGGGCUGCGCGUCGAAGCACUGGCCCAAGGAUUUCAACCUCAAGCUACUCGAGUUUGAGGGGAACCCGGUUGGGCCUUGGACUCGAUCCGAGGCCAUUACUCCAGAUGGGCAGGUCGUGGCGGUUCCGACGCCGGGCCACGUCCCAGGCCACAUCUCUGUUAUUAUCACGGAGGACGCCCAGCCUGGCCAAUCUCCCUCCACGUUUCUUGCGGUUGGAGACGCCACGUAUAAUGUCGGGUUGCUGGAGCGCGAGGAGCCGGAUGGGAUCAAUCAGGAUCCCAAGACGGCGUUUGAGAGCUUGAAGCUUAUCAAAGAAUUUUCGAGGCAAAAGGACGUUGUGGUUCUUCCGAGUCACGACCCCGAUACGCCUCGAUUCUUGCGAGAGAGAGUGGUGUAUAAGCCAGGGAAAUGA